UAAUUUAAGAAUUUUGAGGGGAAUUACAUGCAUAGUCCUCCACGCAUAGAAUACGUAGAAAGAACAACCACUCCUAAGUACGCCUUGUCUUUUUAUAUUUUAAAAUAAAUUUGAUUUGCUUAUAGUAAAUAAUAAUGUAUCAUUAUUGCGAGUGUGAAAACAGAGUAAGAGUCAAGAGAGGAGUGUUGAUGAAGCCUUAAAUUAAAAGGAAAAGAGAAAGAGAAAAUACAGGCAAAAAUAAAGAAAGAAAAAACAGAACUCUUCCACAUGAAAAAAAGAGAUCAAAUUUUGGUCCUGUUCUUAAUAUCGAUUCUAUAUACAACAACUAUCAAAGGAAUUUCAUCAAACACUACAAAUAAUAUUAAUAACUGCGUGCGAUCAUGUGGCUCUGGCCGCCACGGCCGAGGCCGACGACUUUCACUGCCGUACCCAUUCGGAUUCUCAGCCGGUUGUGAAAUCCAGCUCAGAUGCAACACCACCGGAAAAGCCUUCGUGGGCGAAUUUCCGGUUCGAUCAAUUGGGUCAGACAGCAUAAAAAUCAACAUCGAGAGAAAAUGUAAUCGUCCCCUGAAUACAAGCGUGGGUCAGCUCUUCGGCACAAACUACGCCCCAACGUCUCGAAACGCUAUCCUCUUGGAGAACUGUACAGAACCAGGUGCGGCCUGUGAGAUUCCGACGAUUCUUGUCCAGACCCACUUCUCGUCCCUGAGCUGUAGCGGCGACGAUAGCUCCAACUCCAGCAGCAUCAGUUGUUACUCGGAGAGUAACACCAGCACCUUCAUUAAUUUCCACACACUUAGAAAGAAAAAGUGUGAGUUUCUGUUGUCGUCCAUAUCGGCGGCUUCACUUAAUAGCUCGGAAUCGCCGGUUUCUUUGGAGAUACAGGUGGCAGAGCUUGGUUGGUGGAUGGAAGGAGCGUGCCAGUGUGAUCCGAAUGCCAAUUGUUCAAAGCUUUUCACGCCAAAUGGCAGACCCGGAUAUCGUUGCAAUUGCAAACAAGGUUUCCAAGGAGACGGGUUCCAGGCCGGUUCAGGCUGCCAUAAAGUUUCGAAGUGUAGUCCUGCAAGAUACUUCACUGCCAAGUGUGGAGGAGCCACUCGAGUAAUCACACUGGUCGGAGGUAUUGCUGCUGCUACUUCUUUAAUGAUAAGUCUUGGUCUAGUCAUGUGCUGUUUAUUGCGAAGAAGGUCAAAAAUGAAAGCCAGACACCUCACCAAACGCCGUCUUUCGGAAGCCACAGGUAACUUAAACAUCCCAAUAUAUCACUACAAAGAAAUAGAGAAAGCUACAAAUGGGUUCUCAGAAAAAUACCGUCUUGGUACCGGAGCUUACGGAACCGUUUACGCCGGAAAACUCCAGGGAGACGAGUGGGUUGCUAUCAAGCGAAUCAGACACACAGGUGCUGACAGCAUUGAGCAAGUGGUCAACGAAAUCAAACUCAUUUCCUCUGUAAGUCACCCCAACCUCGUACGUCUGUUGGGUUGUUCCAUAGAUUUUGGAGAACAGAUACUCGUGUACGAGUUCAUGCCCAAUGGAACGCUUUGUCAACAUUUACAGAGAGAGAGGGGUGAUGGACUUUCCAGCUGGUUGAUUAGGCUAACCAUCGCCACUGAAACAGCGCAAGCAAUUGCUUAUCUUCACUCGGCUAUUAAACCCCCUAUAUAUCAUAGAGAUAUUAAGUCUAGUAAUAUUCUUUUGGAUCAUAGUUUUAGGUCCAAAGUUGCGGAUUUUGGUCUUUCGAGGCUUGGAAUUAUUGAAACGUCUCAUAUUUCGACUGCCCCACAAGGGACUCCGGGAUAUCUUGAUCCUCAAUACCAUCAAAACUUUCACCUUUCGGAUAAGAGCGACGUUUAUAGCUUUGGAGUUGUUCUUGCUGAGAUCAUAACGGGACUUAAAGCAGUGGACUUUACUCGACCCCAGAAUGAAAUCAAUUUGGCUUCUCUGGCUUGUGAGAGAAUAGGAAAAGGUUGUCUUGAGGAGAUAAUUGAUCCAUUUCUUGAGCCAAAAACGGAUGCUUGGACUCUUUCAACGAUUCAUAAGGUAGCAGAGUUGGCUUUUAGAUGUUUAGCGUUUCAUAGGGACAUGAGGCCUUCCAUGAUUGAAGUGGCUGCGGAGUUGGAGCAAAUAAGGAAGACUAGAUGGUCUUGUUCGGAACAGAAUACUUGUACGGCUUCCUCUGAAAUAGGUUCUUCUUCCUCCUCCUCCUCAUCCAAUGUAAGUGAAAAACCUUUCAGUAUUAAUGAUGUUGUUUUAGAGAGAAGCUUAGACUCCAACAAAUUGUUGAAGGUAAAUUCACCUGUCUCUGUUCAUCUUGCUUGGUUGAGUGAGCAAAGCUCUCAUUCAUCAAAUAGUAUGCUAAGAAAUUCAACUCAAUCAUCUUCAUAGUUGAUUUUUCAUAGCUCAUUCAACUCAACAUGACCAGUCAUAAAAUAAGUAAGUGCAAUUUAAGCUUCCAAUCACCAUUGGUGUAUGUGUGGGGUGAUUUUAGUCUGUUUGUAUUUUAGUACGAUGGUGAGUUGAUUUACAAUAUAAAUAGUUCAUUUUAAUUUUAUGAGGCUUUCUCUUC